AUGUCAUCCCAAAGCUCGAACAGCUCCUCAAGCGAUCCCUCAAACGAAAGACCCUCCGAGCUGAAGAAGCUCCAUUUCGUUGCUGCAUUCGAACACCAGGAGCUCCUCAAGGACAUCAGCAACAACGCCUACGACCUUGGCCUCAAAGCCGGUCGGAAAGAUGCCAACCUCCAUCCCGACGACGAAACCCAAGCCCUAAUCCUCAGCCUCACCGACCGUAACGACGAGCUGCAGAAGCAAAUCAAGGACCAAGCGACCGAUUCGCUACUCGAUCUUGCCAAGGAAGUCCGGAACAAUGUCACCGCGGCUCACCGCGCUGUAAGCGCUACAACUCAUGCCGGGUGUCUCAAGCCGAACGACUAUCGAACUCUGAGGGAGUCAUGCAGUCAGCUCGCGAAGCUGGAGGAUAAGUGCAAGGAGCGUGUUGAAGAGAUCUCACGCGGUGCGAUAAAGAGACCUGGAAGCGCAUUGGAGCGUAAGGGCGGCAACAAGCGCCCGUUUAGGGGCUAG